GUUUAUCUAGUAAUAAAAAGUUAAAACACUUAGUUUGUGAUAAUAAUCCUAUUAGGAAAUUAGAGGUAAAACAUUUAAAGCAGUUAGAGGGUUUGUAUUGUUUUAGGUGUGUUUUGGGUGAACUUGAUUGUGGAGGUUUAAAACAUUUAAAAGAGUUGUAUUGUGCUAAUAAUUAUCUUCCUAAUCCAGAAGACUAUGCUUUUCUUGAAACUGAUGAAGAAAAAAAGAAAAAAGUAUUUGAAGCGGCUACUAAAAGAGCAGAAGAGUUGGUUGGGAUUGAUGAGAUACUUGAUAAUAUGGAACAAGAACUUGAAAAGGAGUUAAAUGUUAAAAGAGAAGAAAUAAAAGAGUUAUCCAAGCAAAAUGUUUCAGGAAAGUCUAAAAAAGGUAAAGCAUUAAAGGAAAAAAGAAAAUUGCUUUUAAAGGAGAUUAAAUUAGCUGAGGAAAAGUUAAAAAGGAAAGAGGAAGAAUUGAUUGAAGAAGUAGAAGUACUAGCCAGAAUUGAAAUUGGAAAAAUGGUUUCUAUGGGAAGAAUACUAGGUCUAGAUACUUGCGAAAAUUUAGUGGAGUUAGACUGUGCGGAGAAUUUUAUUAAAGAACUAAAUAUUAGUGGUUUAAAAAAAAUAAAACAAGUUUCUUGUAAGCAAAAUGAUUUGAAAAUUAUUAAUGCUAAGUUAUUAAUGGUAGAUAACCAAGAUUAUCCUCCAUUUGAACAAUUCCUAAUCCAAAAAAGGGAAAAACGAAUCAAAGAAAUAUUAGAUAAUCCAGAUAACUAUUCCCUUGAAGAUUUGCUAAAACUAGAAAGGAGAGAUUUGGAAGAAGUAUCAAAAGAAUUAAAAGAAAAACUGAUUGAACUAAUGAGAAAAAAACAAGAAAAGGAAUUCGUUGAUGAGUUAAAAAAGAAAUUUGGUAAAGGCUAUUGUUUUUCAACAGACAAAGAAGAAAAUCCAAAUAAAAAAGAUGUUCCUCCUUUGGAAAAAGAUAAUUCGCCAAGUGAAGAAGAAACCCCUCUUAAUACCCCUUCAGAUGAUGAAGAAGAAAUACCACAGGAUGAUAAAAAAACCAUUCUUGAUUUACAAGAACAAAUUAAGCAGUUAAAGGCAAAGAUUAAAGAGUUGGAAGUAAAUAACAAUGAAAAUACCCCCCAAAAAAUAGAAGAAAUUAGACAGGAAAUCCUUAAUUCUGAUCUUAGUGAAGAACAAAAAAGAGAAUUAGAGAAAAUGCUGGAAGAUAUUAGUAAAACUGAGAUUCAUAAAAACAAAUCUGAUAAUAAGUUCCCUGUUGGUAAUAAUGAGUUAGAAGAAGUAGAAAUAAUUAAUUGCCCUCAAUUACAAAAUAUAAUUGUUUCUCAUAAUCAAAAAUUAGAACAAGAAGAAAAGACUUUUACUUAUGUUGAAAAAAAAGCAGAUGGAACCAAAGAAACUAAAACUGGAAAGAUGAAAGCAAGUAAAGAAGUGGAACCUACUUUGAAAAAGUUGAAUAUUAAAGAUUGCCCUGAAGUAAGAGAACUUUACUGCUCUGAUAAUGGUCUUACUGAUAUAGAUAUUAGCCAAUUAAAUAAUUUAAAAGUUUUGGCUUUUGAUAAUAAUAAAUUUUCUUCUGCUAGACAGCAAGAAUUGGAAGAUUUAGGUUUAGAUAAAGAAAAUCCUACUGGUAAUCCUAUUAAAGUGUUAAAUAAUGAUGAUUUUAUUAAUAAUAAUGAAAUAGAAGAAAUUGACAUCUCUAAUGAAGCAGUUGAUAAUUGUAAAUUGGAAGAAUUAGUUAUUGAAGACUGCCCUAAUUUAAAACAUUUAUCUUUUAGGUUUAAUAAAAUUGAGGAGAUUGAUUUAAGUGGUUUAGAUAAGUUAGAGGGAUUAUAUUGCUCUGAUAAUUUUUUAGAUGAAUUAGAUCUCUCUAACAACCUAAAAUUGAAACAUUUAGUUUGCGACAACAACCCGAUUAAGGAAUUAAAAGUAAGACACCUCAAAGAUUUAGAGAGUUUAUAUUGUUUUAGGUGUAAAGAUGUGUGGGAAUUGGAUUGCGGGGGUUUAGAGAAAUUGAAAGAGUUGUAUUGUGCUAACAAUACUGAUCUUGGCUUUAACGACUUUGUAGAUUUGAAUAUUGAUGGCUGCAUUUCCUUAGAAGUUUUAGAUUGUGCUGAAAAUAGCUUUGAGGAACUGGUUAUUGCUGAUAAACCAAAACUCACUUUUGUUUCUUGCAAAGAGAACGAACUUGAAAAUUUAACCAUUACCAACUGCCCCAACUUAGUUUUUUUAGAUUUUUCAAUGCAGCGAACUGAUGAUGAUUUUUCCGCUAAGCUAAACACCGAUGUAAAUUCUCUCCAAAAAGUCUUUCAUGAUAAGGGCGACAUAACACCCGAUUGA